AUGGUCUCGUUUUUCGGGUUGAAGUUGGGUGCCGAUAAGAAGAAGAAAGCUGAGAAGAAUCCCGAGCCGAAACCGCAGCCACCACGCAAGAGAGUCGACCAGAAUCUGCUUGGUGAAGGUCAGUUCUUUGGGAGCAACCUCGAACGGCCUGUCCUCAUCAAUGGCUCCCGUCCCGGAACAUCAAUGUCCAAUAAGAGCUUCGUCGCCAACUUCGUUCAUCCCAAUGCACCAUCAUUAAACGGCGGAGGUUCUUCGCUGUACGGCUCUCGUCCGGGUACCGCCAUGUCGAACAAGAAUUUCGUCGCCAAUUUCCGUCACCCAAACGCGCCGUACCUGAACGGUGGCUCGUCUUCGAUGGUCGACCUCAGUGGCCCCGGCAACAAGGCGGGUAUUCGGCCGAUGGGGUCCGAUAACAACUUGAACAUGGGCUGGAACAACGGUUCCCUGACGAACCUCAGCGCCUCGGCCACCGCACCCGUUGGUAGUGAACCAGGAACUCCGAUCUCGCCUCUCCGCAAAAACAACUGGGUCCACCCUCUCGACGUGCACUACAGUCGUAACGGUGCUCUUAGUCCGGCACCGAGCUUCGCCGUCAGCGCUCCUCACUCUCCCGCCUACCCCCCAGGCCACACCCUAAACCACACCGCGAGUGCCGCGCCGAGCGUCUCAAACGCACCCCGGAGUCCGCUAGGCCAAUUCGAAUUCAACCUGAACCCGUCAGCCAUCUCAAAACACAAUGAGUUGACCCCGGCUCCGCUGUCGCCUACCAAGGCCUACCCGUCUCCUCCGCAAUCGGUGAACGGUUCUCUUCCGCCAAUCAAGACCGACUGGAAGCCGAAAACCGCCGUCACCACCGUCCGGGACGCCCAUAAGCCCGGACCGGCCUCACUUCCCUCACCCACCACAUCGACGGAGCGCACCAGUGAAGAGGAGCUGUCUUACCCCAGACCCAUUAUCCAGAACGUCGCCGCGAAGCGAGACACACUAACAUUCCAUCAACCAAGGCGGCAGAGCUUUUCGAUGGAUAUCGACGAGGACACUACCGGCUUCAACUUUGGUGCCGGGGAACGACCAAGCACAGCCGGGCCAACGGCGCCCCCUCCGAGAAGCGCCCUUCGUCCGUCGCCACCGGAGCUGAAAACCCUACCUCUGCUUCCGAUCGAAGCUCCAUCCCAGGCGCUUCCGCCUAGGAGCCCCGGACUUCCGCCCCCAAGGCCGCCCCAGGUGCCUUACGAGGGACCACUACGGAGCCCCGCCCGGCCACCUGAGGACUGGAUCAACGCGAGGGAACGAGUAGGUUCGGACGCGAGAGAGAGACCGACUUUCGAGUUCAGAGAGAGACAGAAUUCCGACGUCCGUGGGCGAACGCUCGAAGCGCGUGGGAGACAAGAUUCAGACCCCAGAGAGAUGACGAGCCCCGACGCCUAUUCCCGGGGAGACCGCAACGCCCACCCGCAAGGCUACCUCGGGCCCCCACCGCCUUCCAAACGAGUAGCGCCGGGAGAAGGCGAGCGCUCCUACGGCAUCACCCCCGGAAACCGACGACCGCCUCCGCCACCCGUGGAGUUGCAGCGCAAGGCAUCGAACCCGCAGUUCAGGCUGCCGGGGUGGGACGACCGAGACGUGCAGCACGGAAGCUUCGCCAUGAUUUCCCCCCGGAUGCAAUCCCCGCAGCCGUUGACGCCCUUGACGCCAAACAGUCUGGUCGCCGAAGCGUCUAACGAUGCGAACUGGCCGUUACCAAAUCCGCUGGCGAGUCCGACGUUUGGGACUGGAAGGAAAGCCUAUACGCCCGUUGAGAAAGUCGAGGGGCAGAUGAGCCCUGGGCUGGCACCGCCUAUGGCUCCUGGUCGUGAUAUGUCACGCGAGCAAGGACAUGAGCAAAGGAGGCCGGACUUUGGACUGAGGGCGCCAACGGGAAUUGCGGAUGAGUUCCGAAUUGGCUUCAUCUGA